AUGGCGUCAUCGGAGCCAACUGAGCCCCGGCGUGAGCGCAAACCCUCCGUCGGAGCUCCCAUUGCGGAUCUCCAGGGCCCUGUCGGCCCGGGAUUUAGUCGUCCCAAGCAUAAGCGCACUUUCACCGGCUUCGGCCCGUCCGAGAUCAAGAGCGUGGAAGCGAGUAUUCCGGAGCCGCUGCGUGAGGCAUGGCGGAAGCAUUCUGCUUCCGAGUUUACUUCCAAGGAUGAGUUUGAGAGAGAAUUCGUUCGCCAUAUCGAGACCACCCUCGCCCGCUCUCUGUACAAUUGCGAUGAGCUGGCGGCUUACUCGGGUACUGCACUGGCGUUCCGAGACCGAUUGAUCAUCGAGUGGAAUCGGACUCAGCAGCGUCAGACAUUUACCGACCAGAAGCGUGUCUACUAUCUCUCGCUGGAGUUUUUGAUGGGUCGUGCCUUGGACAAUGCGAUGCUGAAUGUGGGCAUGAAAGACAUCGCCAGAGAUGGUUUGGCCGAUCUUGGCUUCCGAAUUGAGGACGCCAUCAGCCAGGAGCAUGAUGCGGCACUUGGAAAUGGUGGUCUUGGUCGUCUAGCGGCCUGCUUCUUGGACAGCAUGGCAACGCUGAACUAUCCUGCCUGGGGAUAUGGACUGCGGUACCGCUACGGAAUCUUCAAGCAGGAGAUUGUGAAUGGAUACCAGAUGGAAAUCCCGGACUAUUGGUUGGAUAAUAAUCCAUGGGAAUUCCCUCGACACGAUAUCACGGUGGACAUCCAGUUCUAUGGCCAUGUGAACAAGUCCUAUGAUGAGGACGGUAAGGUUGUUUACUCCUGGGAGGCGGGAGAGACGGUUCAGGCUGUAGCAUACGAUGUUCCCAUUCCCGGAUACCGCACGAAGACUACCAAUAACCUUCGGUUGUGGUCCAGCAAGGCCAGCAGUGGCGAGUUUGACUUCCAGAAGUUCAACGCGGGCGAUUAUGAGAGUGCGGUCGCGGAUCAGCAGACUGCUGAGACCAUCUCUGCAGUGCUGUAUCCAAAUGACAACUUGGAGCGAGGUAAGGAGCUUCGUCUGAAGCAGCAGUACUUCUGGUGCGCUGCCUCCUUGUAUGACAUUGUGCGACGUUUCAAGAAGACCAAGCGGGCGUGGAGUGAAUUCCCCGACCAAAUCGCAAUCCAACUGAACGACACCCAUCCCACACUUGCCAUUGUCGAGCUCCAGCGUAUCCUGAUUGACGUCGAGGGCUUGGAGUGGGAUGAGGCAUGGCGUAUUGUUACUGGAACUUUUGGCUAUACCAACCAUACUGUCCUCCCCGAGGCCUUGGAGAAGUGGUCGGUUCCAUUGAUGCAGAACCUACUUCCCCGCCACUUGCAAAUCAUCUACGAUAUCAACUUGUUCUUCUUGCAGUCCGUGGAGAAGCGGUUCCCCAAUGACCGGGACAUGCUCUCGCGAGUUUCCAUCAUCGAAGAAUCGCACCCCAAGAUGGUGCGCAUGGCAUACAUUGCCAUCAUUGGGUCUCACAAGGUCAAUGGUGUCGCCGAGCUGCAUUCGGACCUCAUCAAGACGACUAUUUUCAAGGACUUUGUGACCAUCUACGGACCUGACCGCUUCACCAAUGUCACUAACGGAAUCACGCCCCGACGUUGGCUACACCAGGCCAACCCGGAGCUCUCUGCCCUGAUUGCAGACAAGCUCGGUGGGUAUGACUUCUUGACCGAUCUGACCCUGCUGGAUAAGCUAGAGGCUUUCGUGGAUGAUAAGAAGUUCCGCCAGGAAUGGUCAGACAUCAAGGCUAGGAAUAAGCUGCGGCUAGCCAAGCUCAUUAAGGAUGUGACUGGCUACUCCGUGAAUCCGAAUUCGUUGUUCGAUGUCCAGGUCAAGCGAAUCCACGAGUACAAGCGUCAGCAACUGAAUAUCUUUGGAGUGAUCCAUCGAUACCUUAGCCUCAAGGCUAUGACACCUGAAGAACGGAAGAAGGUGGUGCCUCGUGUGUCGAUCUUCGGUGGUAAAGCUGCUCCUGGCUACUGGAUGGCCAAGUCUAUCAUUUAUCUCAUCAACAGCGUCGCAGCCGUGGUGAACAAGGAUGAAGAUAUUGGUGAUCUCUUGAAGGUCAUCUUCAUCGAAGACUACAACGUCAGUAAGGCGGAGAUUAUUUGCCCUGCCUCUGAUAUCAGCGAGCACAUCUCUACCGCUGGAACCGAGGCCAGUGGCACAAGUAACAUGAAAUUCGUGCUGAACGGAGGCCUGAUCAUUGGUACUUGUGACGGAGCCAACAUUGAGAUUACUCGCGAGAUUGGCGAGCAAAACAUCUUCCUCUUUGGUAAUCUCGCGGAAGAUGUGGACGAUCUCCGCCACCGACACUUCUAUGGUGGCUUCCAACUGGAUCCGCAACUGAAGCGUGUAUUUGAAGCCAUCAAGGAAGGCACUUUUGGCGAUCCCUCGUCGUUCACGUCGCUAAUUUCUUCUAUUGAAGAGCAUGGUGACUAUUAUCUCGUCUCGGAUGAUUUCAACUCCUAUAUCGCCACUCAUGACAUGGUCGACAAGGAGUUCCAGAACCAGGAAGAGUGGUUGGCUAAGUCUAUCACCAGCGUUGCGCGGAUGGGUUUCUUUUCCAUGGAUCGGGUGACCAACGAGUAUGCUGAUAGUAUCUGGAAUGUUGAGCCUCUGGACAUCGAGGAUGAGGCCUGA